UCCGCCAAAGAGAAGAGGCUUUCUUAACUGAAAAUUGCGUUGAGGCAAGGACUGCUUUCCAAAGAUUGUCUACAGACCCAGCACAGGCAUCCGGAUCUUAAUGGCUUUUGGUGUUGGAGAAAUGGAGGCUGAAAAGCAGCGCCUUCCUAGACCAAGGCAAGUUCUGCUUCUUUUUGUUAUGCUGUCUCAGGCUUGGGCGGAGCAGAAAGGUUAUACUGUAGCAGAAGAAACAGAGAGCGGUUCUUUUGUGGCCAAUCUAGCAAAGGACGUAGGGCUAGGGGUAAGAGAGCUGUCCUGGCGGAGGGCUCGGGUAAUUUUUAACAAUAAUGAAAACCAUUUGCAGUUGAACCUUCAUACCGGAGAUCUGCAAGUAAAUGAAAAACUGGAUCGGGAAGAACUAUGUGGCCCCGCUGAGCCUUGUGUGCUGUAUUUCCAGGUGUUACUGGAAGAACCUUUGGAGGUAUAUAAGUUUAAACUUUUGGUCAGUGACAUAAAUGACAAUUCACCUGUGUUCCCAGAAGCAGAAAUGAUUUUGAAAAUUAUGGAAAAUACUCCUCCAGGAACUGUGUUUCCCCUAAAAAAUGCACAAGACUUGGAUGUAGGCGUUAAUAACAUUCAAAACUAUACCAUCUACCCCAACUCCCAUUUCCAUGUUCUCACCCACAAUGGUAGUGAGGGCAGAAAAUACCCGGAGCUGGUUCUGGACAAAUCCCUGGACCGAGAGGAGCAGACUGAGCUCAGGUUAACUCUUACGGCAGUAGAUGGCGGAGCUCCUCCCAAAACUGGGACCGCCCUGGUCCUCAUUGAUAUCUUGGACAUCAAUGACAAUGCUCCUGAGUUUGCGCAGUCACUCUAUCAAGUGCAGAUCUCGGAAAAUAGUCCCCUUGAAUCCCUUGUUGCCACUGUUUCCGCUACAGAUUUAGACACGGGAAUAAAUGGCGAAAUAUUUUAUUCAUUUUUUUAUAGUGAUGAAGAGAUCGCCAAGACAUUUGCGCUUAAUGAACUAACGGGAGAAAUUAAAAUAAUUAGAAAAUUAGAUUUUGAAAAAAUUGAGUCAUAUGAGAUGGAUAUUAAAGCCUCUGAUGGGAUAGGUCUUUCUGGAAAAUGCACUGUCAUAAUACAGGUGCUAGAUAUCAAUGAUAAUGUCCCAGAACUUACUGUGGUUUCAGUCCUAAACCACAUCCCCGAAAAUUCUUCUGAGAUCACGGUAGCUCUUUUCAGUAUUCAAGAUCGAGAUUCCGGGGAAAACGGAAGGAUGGUUUGCUCAAUUCAGGAUGAUGUUCCGUUCAUGCUGAAACCUUCUGUUGAGAAUUUCUACAGGCUGGUAACAGAGGGAGAGCUGGACAGAGAGAUUAGAGCUGAGUAUAACAUCACCAUCACGGUCACAGACUUGGGGACACCCAGCCUGAAAACUGAGCAAAACAUAACAGUGCUGGUCUCCGAUGUCAAUGACAACGCCCCUGCCUUCACCCAAACCUCCUACACCCUUUUGGUCCAAGAGAACAACAGCCCCGCCCUGCACAUCGGCAGCGUCAGCGCCACAGACAGAGACUCAGGCACCAACGCCCUGGUCACCUACUCGCUCCUGCCGCCCGAUGACCCGCAUCUGCCCCUCGCCUCCCUGGUCUCCAUCAACGCGGACAACGGGCACCUGUUCGCCCUCAGGUCGCUGGACUACGAGGCCCUGCAGGCGUUCGAGUUCCGCGUGGGCGCCACAGACCGAGGCUCCCCUGCGCUGAGCAGCGAGGCGCUGGUGCGCGUGGUGGUGGUGGACGACAACGACAACUCGCCCUUCGUGCUGUACCCGCUGCAGAACGGCUCUGGGCCCUGCACCGAGCUGGUGCCCAGGGCGGCAGAGGCCGGCUACCUGGUGACCAAGGUGGUGGCGGUGGAUGGAGACUCGGGCCAGAACGCCUGGCUGUCGUUCCAGCUGCUCAAGGCCACGGAGCCCGGGCUGUUCAGCGUGUGGGCGCACAAUGGCGAGGUGCGCACCGCCAGGCCGCUGAGCGAGCGCGACGCGGCCAAGCACAGGCUGGUGGUGCUGGUGAAGGACAAUGGCGAGCCUCCGCUGUCUGCCACCGUCACGCUACAAGUGCUCCUGGUGGAUGGCUUCUCCCAGCCCUACCUGCCGCUCCCGGAAGCGGCCCCGGACCAGGUCCAGGACGACUCGCUCACUGUCUACUUGGUCAUCGCCUUGGCCUCUGUGUCCUCGCUCUUCCUCUUCUCGGUGCUGCUGUUCGUGGCGGUGCGGCUGUGCAGGAAGAACAGGGAGGCCUCGGGGGGUCGCUUCUCGCUGCCUGAGGACCGCUUUCUGGGCCACUUAGGGGACAUCAGUGGCACCAGGACCUUGUCCCAGAGUUACCAGUAUGAGGAUUGUCUGAGGGAAGGUUCAGGGACCAGCGAGUUCAAGUUCCUGAAUUCUAUUAUGCCCAACCAUCACGGUGCUGUGAAUGACGUGGAGGAAAAGUCCAACUUUGUAAAGGGUUUUGGAUUUAAUCUGAAAUCUGUUGAGUUUUCAGAGAAUUCAGGAUAAAGGUUAGUUAUUUCUCAAUAUACUAUAUCUCCCUUACAUUUCGUUUGUUGGUCCAUAUAGAAUUUCUUUGUUUUUUGCUGAUUUCAUUUUCCUGGUUAGGAGAUUAGAAACUUUCUUUGAUUAUAUCUUCAUAUUUAGUCUCCUUUUAUUCUUUCUCAUUACUGAAAAGUCAUGUAUAGUUGUUCAAAUUAUCAGCUAUUCAACAUCACAGGCUCUUGAUUUGAAGAUCACCUCAGCCCUAUUCUCUGUUCGAUUGUCCAGAAAUUUUUUCUAUAUUUUUGAUGCUUAGAAGACAAA